UAAAAUAUAGUAACUUAACAAAAAAUUUAUUGAUAGAUUACAAAAUAAACUGAGAAUCACAUUUAAAUGUGAAGACUAAAAGCACUUUAAAGUCUUUAAACUCUAAAUGAGAUGAAGAUUGAAGAAGAGUAAUAUUGACUAUGGAAACUAAAAAAACAGUGCUACCAAUCACUCAUGCGUCAACUUAUAACUAAACCAUAGACUAUAGACUAUACACAAUAUUUGAGAACUAGGCGUUACGCGUCAAACGAAAUCCGUUAUUUGAAUAUUUUGGGGAAUGUGAAUUUAAUUUUGUAAUGAGUUGAUAAACAACGUAGUAAUUGAAAUGUAGUGCAUAACCAUAAUCGUGAUUUGACAAAAGUUUCUUACCAUAAUACCGAAGUUAUGUGAACAUUCUUGUGUGAUGACAAAUUGGAACAACUAAAAAUGAGUGAUACUGACAGUGAUAGCGUAGCAUUAUCAAACAAUGUUUAUACUUUUCAAAACAGAAACACGACGGUCUGUGCAAAAGGACCUGAUAUUUCAAACAUGACGAGCUUAAGUUUACGCAAUAAAAUGAUGACAUCAAUGCAAAUAUCUAGAAAUUUUGAUCAAUAUCGAUAUACCGAGUCUGCUUAUGAUCACAGGAAUAUGUACUCUCAGAGAGAAACCUCACCCGUUUCAAUGAGAAGUGAAAUGUUGCCAAGAAACUUUAAUCGCCCCUUCUAUCAUCGUGCUAUGAGCUCUCAACGAUCUUUGCUUAAUGGAAGAAGUGGAAGCCCUAUGUCUAUGAGUGUAGCAUCUUGUGCAAGUGUAAGUGCUGCAGACAUAGCAAUGGCUUUUAAAAAUGGAGAAUUUUCAAAAAGUGAUCUAAAGGUGAUAACAGAGGCUUACAAAAAAUAUAUGAAAAGACGCAUCAGAAAAAAGUUUGAGAAAAGGCGCCAUUUAAGAUUAUUUCUUAAAGGUACCAGAAAGGGAUCAGGCGGUGAAUCUGGAGAGCAAGGUAGCGACUCUUCUUUAAGUAAUGAUGAAUGUAGUUCCAUGAGAAACUGUUUCUAUAAGGAAAAUUUAUCAAGUUGUAGAUCAACUAAAACAGAUGUUACUCAUAUAAAGAAAACUAUUGAGGAGGGCAACAUUUACAAAGAUUGUUCAGCAAAUUUUAAACAGAAAACUUUUAGAAAUAUGUUUACUGUUGACCCUAUAACACUAGCUGCUAACAGAAAUAAAUCUAUGCAAGCUCCUUUAUUACAAAAGGAUCGUUUCAAAAAUGGGUUCCUAUUACCCUCUCAAAGAUUUAACAAUUCUCUAGCAUCAGCAACAAUACCGGAAUGCUCAGGCAAAAAGAGUCAAAACAAUGUAAAUUAUCCAAAAUCUAUUGUAAGGAGCCAUAGAAACCCAGUUAAUAAUAUUAGCCAAACAACAGAUAGUGAACAUGAAGAAAUUUUUUCAAGAACAGUAAAGGAGAAUGUGGUUCAAAAACAAACUAACAGAAAAAGGAAUUUAAUGACAGAAACUGUGCAAACUCCAAAUAAAAAGAGAUGUAAGAAUUCUCCUGUAAAAAAGAUCGAUGGUGAGGUUUUCACAAAGGUGUCUGAAACAAACAGUAAAACAGACGAUUUUAAUUUUGCCAAACCUAUAUUUCCAGUUAGAAAAUCAGCUAAUAGUUUAAAAGAAAAAGUUAUUGCAAAAUCAGCACCUGCUUCAGAGAUUAAUUCUUUGCCAGUCAAUGAACUGUGUGACGCAGGGUCACCCGAGAGAACUCAGGAAAGAGUUCAAGAUAAAUUUAAUGAUACAGCACAGACUUGUUUUAGUGACAUAUCUAGUAAACCAAGUUUCAUUAAACGAAAACUAUUUACACAGAAAUUUGAUGUACCUGAUAGUAAUAAAAAUAAUUCUGAUAACUCGAUUAACAGUCCUCAAAAUGAUUAUGAUACAAUACAAAAAGAAAAGAAUAAAAUUAGAAAACUAGUUACUUCUCAAUCUUGUUUAAAUACAGACAUGUUGGGUGAUGACAAUAACUUCUUAGAUCUCAUACAUAAAAUCGUUCCUGCUGACAAAAUGAAUCUUACUUCACAAACAAAUAGAACAAAAUUACAAAACAAAAGGAGUAUAAAUGAACCAGAAGACAAAUGGGAUGUUACAUCAGUAAUAUCUGCAUGUAACAAUGAAAGUGUUAGUGAUACUUUCACAGAUGAAGAAAUAUUUUUGGAAGGUCCUAAUAAAAAUAAAACUAUAAAAAUUGAUAAAAGUACAAAUACCCUUGCUGCUAAAAAUAAAAAUAAUGAAAGUAAUAAAACUAAAAAUACUCAAAACAAUACAGAAAAUAGAGCAAAUACAAAGAAGAAAUGUAUAGAUAAAUGUAACCUAAAAACCUGUAAAGUUGUUUUAGAAAAUGUUAGACCUCCAGCAAAGGAACUUUUACAGAAGCCGACAGGGAAUUAUUUAAAUAAAACAGAAAUAAAUAAGAAUGGGUUUCCAGAUACAAUAAACAGUAAUAUCAAAUCAUGUGUUAAGUCGUUUUGGGAUACAGAUAUUGAAAGUGAUGUGGAGUCUUUCAUGGUACCAAAAAAGACCACAUAUUAUGCAAGCAUUGAUAAGCUAGCCACCCCAAAUAGAACAAAUAAUAUUACUAAUGUUCAUGGAAAUGACAAGGAAAAUAGUACUCCAACUCCAGAGGUCAACAAUACUAUUCAAAACAAUACUAAAAUGAAUAUGCAGAAGCUUAAUAUUAAAAAUUUUCGGGUAAGAUCACAUAGAGAGCCCACAUCCAAAAAAAAUCUAGAUUCCAAAGAAACCAACACCACAAAUAGUAAAAAAAAGGAACCAACAAAACAACAGAAACAGAAACCCCAAACUGAUUUGAAGGCGUCUAUUUUAAUUGCUGAAAAUAAUCUGAAUACUACAAAUAAAUCUAAUAUAAAAGUAAAACGAGGAUGUCCAACGCCUCCAAAAAAUACAGCAAAGAGGAUCAAAACAAGUUCAGGAGAAAAUGAUAUUUCAUCAAAAAGAGUUACAAGAAAGGCUAUAACUCCAAAAAAUGCUGUAAAAACCACAAAAAUUAAUAGAAAUAAAAGGGUCACCCCACAGAAGACCAGUAAAAGCCCCAAAGCAGAAAAACUAAAAAAAGAAGUUAUACUCUCCAGAAAGAAUAUAAACCUGAAGAAUGGGGCUAUAGAAAUGAAAAAUAACAAAUCAAAAAAGAAUAGUAUACAGGAGCCAGUCAAAGUUUCUAACACACAAAUUUUAAAAAAGGAUUCUAUGUCAAAGGUUGAUGUAAGUUUUCAGGUAAAAAAUAAGUUAAGAAAUAAUAAGGUGAAUAUAGAAAUUGUACCGGUAAAACAUGACAGGAGUUUAAGAUCAAGAAGUAAUUUAUCAAAUUCAAGCCCAAUCAUUAAAAAUNAAUCAAAAAAGAAUAGUAUACAGGAGCCAGUCAAAGUUUCUAACACACAAAUUUUAAAAAAGGAUUCUAUGUCAAAGGUUGAUAAAGAAUCAGUAAAGAAAGCCAAGAAAAAUUUAUAUCAGUUUAAUAACAAACUGAAUAUUUACCACUUUGCACCUCAUAUGAUGUUAUGCAGUUACCAUUAUCUACGGGCACUAUUCAUAUAA